AAUGCUUGCACAGUUGACCUUGAGUCUUAAUGAAAUUUUGUUGUGAUCCUUUUGAAACCAUACACUGUUAAAAUCAAAGAGCCAUUGUCUGCCUCUAAACUAAAGAAAAAUAUUUCCAAAACCUAAGUAAUUUGUCAAGUUACGAAAUUUUCGCGGAUUUAAUAUCUCAUCAAACAUUUCGACUAGGAAUGUUGUAACUCGGUUUAUGCGAAAAGUACCUCAAAAGUUCCUAAAACUUGUAACUAUUUCAAGGUAUUGGACAGUUGUGUUUGCAAGCUACGCUAGGGUUCUUGAAUUAUUAGUUUACAAAUUAUGUAUGUGAACUAUCUAUCUCCAUUCUGCCUAAUACCAUCGAAAGUACGCUUUUUGUGUUUCUCUUGUGGUAUGAGAGAUAUUUGUCAAAAAGCAUCUACUUAUUCAGUAUGUUUGUGCAGUUGAUCACCAAUCCAAUGCCAUCCAUUAUGUAGGAUGGGACUCAUCAAUCAUCUUAUUAUUAAGUAUACCGAGCUACUCGUGAUUUCAUAUUUAACGUCUCACGUCUUGAACUCACCUGUGACAAAUGAAGUUGUUUGUUCUGAAUUUCUUUUAAUCUUUGACGUGCGUUCUAUAAGUCUGGGAACAUAUUGCUUCCAAUUUUUGAUAAGUACGACAUUGUUUCACUAAAUGAAACCAUCAAAUUUAGUGUUUGAAGAAAUAUUUAGUAAUCCAGUUCUUGCGAAACUUGAAUGGUUUACUGCUGUUAGUUCAUCUCAGGACCAAAUAACACUCAUUCGCGCCCAAUCCUCAAGUUUGGCUCAACGACGAGUACAAAAAUUUGCAAACUAGUUAGACUUUCGUGUUUGUCAUUGGCUUUCUUUUUUCAAGUAUAAAAACUUUAGAUUAACUCAAAAUCAAUAAACAAUGUUUACUACAAUGGAUGUAUAUGAUGCAGCCUUAUCUAUUGGUCGUGAAUGCCAGUUAAUUGUUGAUGAGUAUGGUGAUGAUGUAUUAAGAGAUUUAAUGCCGAAAAUUGUCUAUAUUUUGGAAGAAUUAGAAGCUUGUACUAGUUAUUGUGAUAAAGAAAAGGAAGAAAUUGCACGCCUUCAAACAGUUGCAGAUGAACUUCGUCAAGAUCAGAAGUCUGACAUUAUACUUAAAGAUAAAUAUGAUAAAAGCUUGGAACAGCUUGAACAAAGUUGGUAUUGUGAAAGUCAAAAGUUAUUGCAAGAAAUUGCUGAAUUAGAACAAGAAAAUGUUCGUUUAACACAUCAUUUAAUUUCUUCUUGUCAUAAAGAGGUCAGAGAACAGGAAGAUUCCAAUAUCUUACAAAAUUGUGUAAUGUGUGAUGAAUCAAAUAUUAUAUGUCCAACAUCUCACCAGUCAAAAGUAGGUGCUUUUUUAUUAGCCACUGCAAAGUUGGGUCUUAAAGGUGUUUCAGCCAAUCUUGACGCAGACAAAAUUUAUGACAACCUAAAAAUCAAACCUAGUGAGGAGGAAUUAUCUGAUAUGAUGUCUAGUUUACUAUUGGAGACGGAAGAAAGAAUACAGUUAACUGAACAAGAAAAUCGUGCAGCUGAUCUUCAACUAGUUCAACAACUAAAAGAAUGUGUAGCAAUUAAUUACAAAACUUCACGACAAAUUCGUCGUGAGUUAACUGAAGUUGGCGCUUCAUUAGAUGCAUCGGAAGAAGAAGUUUGUCGUUUAGCUCGUCAAAGCGGUCAAUUAUUGGCAUCUUGUGCCCCUCAUAGACGUCAAACUGGUCAAUUGGUGUCAGAAAAAGCCACACUUGAAACACAGUUAUGUGUAAAAGAACGAGAAUUGGCAAAUUUACUGAAAGAUUUAUCAAAUAACGAUACGCUACAUAAUGACCAAUCUGGAAUAAUGUCGAAUACAUGUGAAUCAAUACUACAACUACCUGCUGGACAAGGUUUAGAAUCAAUUAAUUUUGAACAAGAAUCAAAUACUACUAAUAAAUAUGUCUCUGUAGAAGAAUUACGUUAUCUGCUACAUGAACGAAAUGAACUUAAAUGUCGACUAAUUGAAUUGGAAGAAGAAUUGAGACUGUUAGAGUUAGAAAAUCAAAAGGAUCCAGAAGUAGAAGGACCUAUGUUGCCUGAACCACCUGAAAAACUUUGUCCAAAUAGGAAAAACCGUUUAACUAUAAAAAUGAUCUUUGAAAAUCUUCUUCAUCAUAUAACUGAACGUGCUACAACUAUAUUAUCGUGAAGCUGGUUGGUUGGUUAUUAUCAUGAACCAUAUUCCUUACACAAGAUUCUUUUGAGUUCAUAUACGCAUUUAUAAUCCUAUUGACUUUUGUUUAUUUAUCUUAGAUUGCAUAAUACACAAUAAUUAUAAUAAGACUCAUAAUGAUAAAUAUAUAUAUGAUUGUAUUCGUCUGUGUGGUGUGUGUGUGUGUGUGUUUGUGCAUUUCAUUUAGAGUUGAUCAUUUUAUGCUUUCUAUGUUUUAGUUUCUAUUGAAUUAAAAGAAAAUAUUCAAUUGUUAUUUUUUGAAUUUUAUUAUCAUUAUUUAUAAUAUUGUGUUUCUUUUUGUGAAAUAUGUUUGUAAAAUUGAUUAAUUUUGUUUUUAUUAUUUUACACUGGUGAUAAAAUUCAUCUAUUUUACCAAUACUACUUUAUUUUAAUUGUCAGUAGUCAUUCUAGUCAUGAAUUAAUUUAUUUGUGAUUUGUUUACUGUUUUAUAAUUUUUGUUUAAAAUAUUUUUAAAAAGAAGUUAUAUGUUAUUUAUUACUUAAUCUAUAAUUCAUUAACUCAUAUAGGCGCUUUUUUUGUCUUAUUCAUUUAAAUGAAUAAACUGAAUAUAUUCAAAUU